GGUAAGAUUGGAGGAAGACUAGGAAGAAGGGGAGGAAGAAGGGGAGGAAGAAGGGGAGGAAGAAGAGGUUAAAGAGGAGGAGGAAGAGGAUGGGAGACACUCUGGCUUCGCCCUGUCCUUUCAUGUCUCGUUUGGAGGAAGAAGAGGAGGAUGCUAAGCACAGGCAAGAGUUCGCGUCUGCAGCACGGACUAUACUCGAUCGCCCAGAGUUGCUUGACGUGACAUUCGUGUGUGAGCGGUCGAGGAAGGUGAAGGCGAAUAGAGCGUUGUUGGCCAGUGGCAGCGAGUACUUCUCCAAAUUGCUGUAUGGAGAUAUGAAGGAGAGAUCAAUGGACACAAUUCCUCUGCCUACUGUCAAGGCAGGCAGUCUGCAGGCUGUGGUGGGUUACCUGCAUGGCCGUUUCUUCCGAUGGGAAAGCAACAGCUGCUGGGCCGAUAUGGUAGAUAUAUACUGUCUUGCCGAGCAGUAUCAGGUCGAUAGCUUGUGCCAGAGGAUCUUACUCUUUGUGUCUAGGCUUGGCUAUGCGCACGAAAUAGGCGAUCUGCUGAAUGCGGCGGUUGUUCGGCACGCGGAAGAGAUACUAAAGAUCGCAGUGUCUGUCAUGAACAACGUUCUGGUGUUCAAUUCUUCAUCGUUCCUUGGGUGGAGAAAGGAGAGCAUCAAGUAUUGUCUGGACUUUGUGCGGUUCCAUCCAAAUGUGACCGAGACGUUGAUUGCGGAGGCGGUGCUUGCGGCAGCGUCGAGUAACGUCGACGUCAUCGCCAAUAAAGAGAAAUGUGAGCAUAUCCUUUCUGAUGAAGAACUUAUGGCAUUGAAGUCCCUGACUGAAAGUAUCUCCUUGAAGUUCGGGGAAGUGUCUGGGAAUCCCGCCUGUUCAGGAGUUGAUUCAGGAGGACCUACUUCUUCGUGUUCUCCAUCAUCGUCGUCGUUGCCGUCGACGCCAUCGUCGCCUUUGUCGUCGCUGUUGUCGCUGCCGUCAACGGAACAAGGUUGCUUGUCGAAGGAAGAUUUGGAGGAGAUAUUCACAGGCCACAUUAGCCUUCCUCUGCUGGAACCUGGGUUCAUGAGGGAGAAGGUGGAACCGCUGGGAAUUUUACGUCAGGAGAUCCUGACGGCGAUUUACAGAGUGCACUCAGUCUGCUUCUCAAGAGGCAUUUCGCCGAGUUGUUUCUUCACAAUUCCCUGGCGGUCUCUGAAACAAAGAGUUUCCUUUGCGCCUGUGGAAACCGACCGAGGCGAAAUCUCGGAUGCCUACAGAAAAGUAGCCUUGCCUUCGCUCUGGAUUGGCGCCCCGAACGCGGGACUCGUGACUUCGGAGGAGUUGCCACAGAGAGUGAGCUGCUCUGAUCACCAUCAAAUAGCAGUCAUGCAAUUACCACUCAUCAGCGGCAAGCACGUGUGGCGGAUACGAAUUGUGAAGAAGUGUGCCAGUUUCGCCGUCGGGGUUUCGUCGAUCGACAACACCCACCUAACCAUGACGAUUCCGAACGCGCACUGGAUGCUGAGCAGCAGUUGCUGGUCGUAUGUGACGGCACCCUGGGAACUGUCCCGAAUGUUUGUCAGGGCGGCGGGGAUUGACUUAUUCGAUAAGACGGGAGCCUCGAUCAUUGUCGUAUUGGACAUGAAGAAGAGGACACUGACUUUCGCAAACGAUCUGGAGAGCUACACCAGUUAUGGCGGAGAGUAUCCGGUCGCAUUUUAUGGCCUCCCUUGCGACGCCGGUCUGUACCCUGCGUUGUUGAUGAGCUGUAGUGGUUGCGCGGAGAUAGAAUGGAUUGAGAGCUCGCCCCGGGAUCCAUUUGUCCGUUGAUUCGAAGCUCGAAGUGCCUCUGGAGCGCUCAGUCAUUUUGCUUCUUUCCUUUUUCGCCUCUGUGCGCAUGUGUGCGUGUUGAGGGGGCGGGUGAGUGCUCGAGAGAGAGAGAGAGAGAGAGAGAGAGAAGAAACCGACAGGAGCGACAAGGUGGUGGGGUUGAUGAUGUCGAGGUGGGAGAAGGUCUUUCCAGUCCUGCCUACAGAGUAAAAUUGAAGGCUGCGAAUUCUUUUCUCUGAAAUUUUCUCCGAUUUGUUUGCCAUUCCUAAAAGGAUCACAAGGUAGGAACAAGGUGGAGAUGCAGGAUCUCAGUAGAUUCAUGUGCACGCUGCGACUCAGUGCGUCGCAGGGUGGUUUACGUCAAGUAGGAUUAUGUGAAUAGCGAUACGCGUCACAGUGUAGAUGCAGAGGUGCAGGUGGGAGGAGGAGUGCGAUGGUGGAUAGAUGUGGCCCAUGGAGUUGUGCGGUUGGAUGGCAUUAUAGUGAAUGUGGAGGCAGAAUGCCUAGACUAUAUCAUCAUCCCAAGCAGGGAUGUCUGGCGUGUAGUCGUUGAGGGGCGCAGCGCAUGUAUCAAACACAUGACUUAUGGGUGCCGAGUCUCUGGGUAACCGGUAGUGGCAGCCAUAGUGCUUAUCACGGUUGCAAGGGUUGCAUGGAUGUCGCGUCUGACUGCGGGGAUAGAGACGAGAGGGGUUUGUCGGAUAUGGUGUCGCUUGCUGUGUGCUGUGUGUGAUAUACUGCUGGCCGUGUUCCGGAUGGACAUAAGCGUGGGGUGUUUGCAGCGGUGGCGCAAAGCAGUGCAGAUGUUGCGUGAUGGUGUUCCCCCCCUCCCCCCCCCCCUCAAUUUGUGUUCUUUGGAGACAUAUUUUGUUCAUUCCGGGUUGUUUUGGGGGGGGGGGGCGCAUGGUUUUGGCCCUUUUGGGUUCAGCGUUGGGAGUUUGUUUUGUUGUCUUUAUGAGCCCUUGGUCUGACUUGCUUCAAGGGUGUGCCUGGACGAAUUUGCCCAGGUGGGCGUGGUUCUUUGCUUGUACCUUAACAGGGGCAUUCUGGUUUCGUGAGUACGAGUCAGUUUUGAGGCCAUAGGGGUAGGUAGGGUUGGGGUCGGUAAGGCGCUGAUUUUUGUAAAGUGUGAGCGGCGAGGGGUUGGCGUUGCGUCGGUAGUGGUGGCGUGGGGGGUAGGUAGUGGUGAGGAAUUGGGGUUGAAAAGGGACGACGUGGGUUUUUGUUCUGUACAGGAGCAGUGCCGCCACUGGGUCUGUCCGAUGUGCAGCGACAGGUUCCAUGCACCGCAGACAUUGUUGGGUGUUUGUUGGCUUAUACAGCCCAGCCUGACGGCCUGAGGGCUUAUCUGAGCAGUUAUGGGAAACGGUGGCUGCAGAGCAAGGCGCCGAAGGCGGGGUUUGUUGUGGCACAGUCUCAGAGCUAGUGUUCUGCGAGAGGAUUUAUUUGUUGUUGACGUCUGGUAAGAGGGGACCCGGUGCAGGGCGUUUUUUAUGGUAGUACACGGACUGAGUCUGGGUGGAGCGAUUGCACGAAUGGCGAUAAAAUAAGGGUUAUUAA